UGCCCAGACACCCAAAGGCAACCUGGGAGUGGAGAUUGAUUUCGGGGGCCACCAAAAGUCCCUACUGGAAUCUUUUCUGCCCUUCCCUCCAAGAUUAACUGAAACCUGCUAAUUGUGGCUGCCCACACACGUUCCCCUCCCCCACAGCCUCUUUCUGUCACCCCUCCCCCUUUCAUCAGAAUGAUAAAGAAAGGGCCUGGCCUGCCUGUCCCAGCAUGGCCUCGGGCUGGGACCUGGCCUCAACUUACACUCCGACUACCCCGAGCCCCCAGUUAGCCCUGGCUCCGGCCCAGGGCUACCUCCCUUGUAUGGGGCCUCGCGACAACUCUCAGCUGAGGCCUCCAGAGGCAGAGUCUCUUUCGAAGACCCCCAAGAGGAGGAAGAAGAGAUACCUACGGCAUGACAAGCCCCCCUACACCUACUUGGCCAUGAUCGCCUUGGUAAUUCAGGCCGCACCCUUCCGCAGGCUGAAACUGGCUCAGGUCCAGGCAGUGUUCCCCUUCUUCAGGGACGACUAUGAGGGCUGGAAGGACUCCAUCCGCCACAACCUUUCCUCUAAUCGGUGCUUCCAUAAGGUGCCCAAGGACCCUGCAAAGCCCCAGGCCAAGGGCAACUUCUGGGCGGUGGAUGUGAGCCUGAUUCCUGCUGAGGCGCUGCGCCUUCAGAACACUGCCCUGUGCCGUCGAUGGCAGAACCGGGGCACCCACAGAGCUUUCGCCAAGGACCUGAGCCCCUACGUGCUCCACGGCCAGCCUUAUCAGCCACCCAGUCCCCCACCACCACCUAGGGAGGGUUUCAGCAUCAAGUCCCUGCUAGGGGACCCUGGGAAAGAAUCCACAUGGCCCCAGCAUCCUGGGCUCCCUGGACAGAGCACUGCAGCUCAGGCAGGCACCUUGUCAAAGGGGGAAGAAGGGAUGGGCACUGGACCCUCUAGCUCCUCUGAGACGCCUCUGUGGCCCCUCUGCUCCCUUCCUGGGCCCACAAUCAUAGAGGGGGAGAGUUCCCAAGGGGAGGUAAUCAGGCCUUCUCCCGUCACCCCAGAUCAAGGCUCCUGGCCCCUCCACUUACUUGAGGAUUCCGCAGAUUCCAGGGGAGUGCCCAGGAGGGGGAGCAGAGCCUCCUUGUGGGGACAGCUACCCACUUCUUACUUGCCCAUCUAUACGCCCAAUGUAGUAAUGCCCUUGGCCACACUACCGACCACCUCUUGUCCCCAGUGCCCAUCUUCUGCCAGCCCAGCUUACUGGAGCGUAGGCACUGAAUCCCAAGGGUCCCAGGACCUGCUCUGUGAUCUAGACUCCCUCUUCCAGGGAGUACCACCCAACAAGAGUAUCUAUGAUGUGUGGGUCAGCCAUCCUAGGGACCUGGCAGCUCCUGCCCCAGGCUGGCUCCUUUCCUGGUACAGCAUGUAAUAUUCUAGGGCAGAAAGGGCUGCUUCUCUCUUCCACCCAUGAAUAUCAUUUUGAUGAACCAGAGCUAGGAGCAUGUCCGCAGCGACAGCUUUAAAACACCAGGCACAGCCUUGCUGAAAACCCACAGCUUUAAUUAGGUUACUCCAGAAAGGGUUGUCUCUGCUAGAUAGGGAGGUCUGGCCAAUCGUGCCAGGAGCGGAGCUCAGCCUGUAGAGUGCCUCCUCUUGAUCCUACCUUUUCAGGCCCUCAAGCCAUCCAUCUAUCCAUCCCUCUGUCACCAUGCCUUCCUGGCUCCAGGCUGGGGGGAGGGAGAGCCAAAAGUGGGUCCGAUCUGAAGUCUUGCCCUCUCUCAAAUGCCUGGGUAGAGGGUAGCACCUUUCAGGGAAAGGGUUAAGAAAUGAAAGACUGGAACGGACAUAAUUUUGGUGUAAUGGAAGUAGGGGAGCGAUUAAUAGUAAAGGAAUUUACAACAUUUUAA